UCAAAUAAAUAUAUAAAAAUUUAACUGAAGGAAAGAAACUUGACAGGCUAUACUUUGGCUUGUUUAAUCUUUCCCCCCUCUAUAUCAUGCUUAUCUCAGUGUUGGAUCUGUCCACGCAGUGCACAGCAUAAUUCUUCUAAUUAAGCUAUAGGCUUCCUCUCAACAAAUCUAGUGGAGAGAGAGAGAAAGACAGAGAGAGAGAGAGAGAGAGAGGGGGAAGCUUACGAUGGGGAGAGCUCCUUGCUGUGACAAGGCCAAUGUGAAGAAGGGCCCUUGGUCUCCAGAGGAAGACAGGCAGCUGAAGGAGUACAUAGAGAAGCAUGGCAUGGGAGGAAACUGGAUUGCUCUCCCAAAAAAAGCUGGGUUGAGGAGGUGUGGAAAGAGUUGCAGGCUGCGAUGGCUCAACUACUUGAGGCCAAACAUUAAGCAUGGGGACUUCUCUGACGAGGAGGACAGAAUCAUUUGCAGCCUCUUCGCUAGUAUCGGAAGCAGAUGGUCCAUCAUUGCCUCUCAGCUCCCGGGGAGAACAGACAAUGACAUCAAGAACUACUGGAACACCAAGCUGAAGAAGAAGCUACUUGGCCUUCCACUACCACACAGAAACAAUAAGCAAUUUCAUCACCAAAUCAAGCAUCAGCAGCAGCAGGCAGAUGUUUUCCCUGAUUCAUGUAUAUCAUCUGCAGUAAUUGCAGAGCAGCUGGAUCCGGGCAUGUUAUUGCCACUGUCGCCCUCCUCUCUUUAUCUCUUUAACUCUGCAUCUGCUGCCGUGGAUUUCAACCCUAGUUGUGUCCCUCGAGGCCCAGAACAUGACUCCAUCCUCAGUCGCAGUCUCAUCGGUUUUGAUCAGCAGAGCUGCUGCAGCUCAUCUGACGGCAACAGCUAUGGCUUGAGUGAUUGCUUCAGCCAAGUACUCUUGGGGACUACUGCCGCUGAGAAGCUGAUGCAUGGCGUCCGAUUCAACUUUGACUUUGAGGAUGUGAAACCUCAUUAUGCAUAUGAUUUGGACCGGAGCUUCAGCAACACGUACCAUUAGUGAACCUACCUGAGUAGAUGCAUGGGAUUGCAUCAUCCCUUCUUUUCUCAUUUUUUUUUGCGUGAUCAGUGGGGUGUGAGAUUCUUGUGUGACUUUGACAGUGCAGGGCUGGGUGACUUCGAAAUGUGGGAUUGUUUUUUCUUUGGUUGGUCCUUUUUAUUUCUGACAUGAUGUUUGAUCUGUGUGUGAGAGUUUGCUGCUUGCUAUAUAAAUAUAUAUGUACAUGUCAUUCAUAGCUUUAAAUCUGAUGUAGUAUUGUUCUGUAAUCAGAAUGCUGA